AUGGAACCAUUUGCUAUUCAUGUAAAUCAAAGUCCCACUUGCCCAUUCGUUCUAUCACGAUUACUUUCUCAGAAUACAACUAAAACUACGGCAGAAUUAAACAAUGCAAAUCAAUCACUUCAAAAGCCAGAAGUUGACACAAAUACCCUCAACAAACAUUUCAACAUACUUGUUGAAGUAGAUAAUAUUAAACAAGUACGAAAACGUACAUUUUCACAUUGGCCACAUCGAUCAUCACCUUCCAGCUCACAAAUGAUCGAAGCUGGAUUCUUUAGUUGUAAUGUUGGUGAUCGUGUCAUAUGCAUUUAUUGUAAUAUUAUCUGUCAACAAUGGACUCCAAAUAGUGACAAUCCAUGUGAAAUACAUAGAACACUCUCACCCAAAUGUCCUUAUGUUAUAUCCAUGUUGAUUCGUCCUCAAACAUCAACGAUUUUGGUUAUUAAUGAACAUUGUAGCACUGAUCAAUCAUCCACCUCAACCAACAUCGAUCCAUUUCGAUGUAAUGCACUUGUUUAUACUGCAGCUUGUAAUCCAUCUUAUAUUGAAAUACCAAAACGAUAUGCAUCUUUUGCUACUUGGCCUAAUGAAAACUUACCAUCUGUUGAUGAUCUAGUCAAAGCUGGCUUCUUUCAUACUGGUACUAAAACUAUUGUGACUUGUUUUUAUUGCAAUGGUUCUUUACAAAACUGGGGUCCAAAUGAUAAUCCAAUGAUAGAACAUGCUCGUUGGUUUCCACAUUGUGCAUAUGCAAAACAAUUAUGUGGUGCUGAACUGUAUCGAAAGAUUCAAGAAUCAAAACAAAUUCAACAAGGUUUUUUGUUUAAUCAUUCAAACAAGCAUAAAUAA